CCGGGAACACACACAGCAGCAGUGUCAUCAGCGGUAGAUCCACACGGGACACCGAGGACAGACGGGCAUGGUGUGUUUGUUUCUGGCGAGGAUUUUGCUGCGGUCUUUGCGGAAAUAAGAGGAGAAGAAACACCGCGAGUUGAAUUUCAGAGGCCGUAGAAGCAGAAGAGGACCGCGGUUCUGUUCACAGAGAUUAGCCGUAUUAUCUUAUCAUUAUAGGAGGGGUAGUUGCUGCCAUCAUUUUGGAAUAUAAACGACUCUUUGGACUGCUGCUGGACAUUUGGCUCAAUCCUUCCAAAUUCACCCGCCCUUCCCCAUGAGAAAAGAUGGGGAAUGGAUUUUCGGAACAACCUAGCUGCCUCUCAAACAUGUCGUUCUUCCAGUCUUUCCACAUUGCCAUCCUUGGACUAGACUCUGCCGGAAAGACCACGGUCUUGUAUAGACUGCAGUUCAACGAGUUUGUGAACACUGUCCCCACCAAAGGUUUCAAUGCAGAGAAGGUCAAAGUGUCACUGGGCGGCCACAGGACUGUGACGUUCCACUUCUGGGAUGUCGGUGGUCAGGAGAAGCUGCGCCCCCUGUGGAAGUCGUACACGCGAUGCACAGAUGGCAUCAUAUUUGUGGUGGACUCUGUGGAUGCAGAGCGCAUGGAGGAGGCCAAAACAGAGCUCCAUAAAAUUGCUAAGACCUCUGAGAACCAGGGAGUGCCCCUGUUGGUGGUGGCCAACAAACAGGACUUGAGGAACUCACUGGGAUUGGCUGAAAUUGAAAAAUUGCUGGCUUUGAAAGAACUGGGCCCUGCUACACCCUGGCAUCUGCAGCCAGCCUGCGCCAUCAUAGGAGACGGACUCAGGGAUGGCCUGGACAAACUCUAUGAGAUGAUCCUGAAAAGGAAAAAAAUGCUCCGACAGCAAAGAAAAAAGAGAUAAACCUGUCACGAGAUCGACUUUUCUCUUGUUUUAUGUGAAGGAAAACUAAAAAGAUUUUCUCCUGUUAAGCUGCAGGUUCAGAUUCAGUAAGCUGAGUUUUAUCAGUCCAAAACUGAGCUUUAGGAUUCCCAGUCUUGGUCUUAUGUUUAUGCUGUUGAUCAGGAAGUGAACAAAAAGGAAUGCAGUAUGAAGAUGAGAAAGUUUCAGACAUGUGCGGGUAUGUUAUAAAGAGCUUGUAUGGGUUACAGAGAGUUGAGGGUUUGGGGUCUGGAAGGGUGGUAGAAGUUGUUUUAAGGAUGUCUGUUUCAAACAAUAACCAAACAUAAUUUAAGAAAAGGCUUUGAUUAGAUGAAGGCUUGAUUGGUGAACAGCUGAACAAUGUUGUGCUUAAGCAAUGAUUUAUUUUACUGUUUCAUAUGUUCCUUAUAACUUUUGUUUUUUACACUGGACUUUCUUUAAGAAAGAAAAGUAUUAUCAUGCGUUAUUGCAUUAUUAUGAGUGUGCUUGCUGUCAUAUCUCUUUUUAAAGGCACUUUAGGUUAUCACUUCAUAUGGAGUUUUUAAAAAGAUCAAAUUAUGUCAGAUUUUGCAGAAAUGUGUACAGCAGAUGCUACUGAACAGUAGUUGGUCCACAUUGGCCACAUUGUCUUUAGACUGGUUAUGCAAUAUGUUUUAUUGAAUAAAACAUGUAGAGCAA